AUGGACGCCGUGUACGGAUUACUGUCGGGCAGCUGGCUGCUCGGCACCCCCAAGGCGCCGCCAAAACCGGAGCCAGCAGAUGACGUGGACAGGCCAGUGCCGGAGGAAUGGAGGUCCAAGUACCCCUUCAGAAGCGACGAUCCCACGGAGCAGCGCCUGAAGCAGCUGCUGGAAGCGUACGAGGAGUCCAGCAGAGAGGGCGCGUCGGCGGCGUCGAAUGCGACGCUGCUGGUGUUCCUGUCGGCGCUCGUCGAGGCGUACGCCGACUGGUUCCCGCCCGAACCGGACCCCGACCAAGAUGCGCACGCGCGCGCGGAUGACGCGCACGACGACGCGCAAGAGGGCGACGGCGCGGAGGGCGAGGGGGAGGCGGGCGGUCAGCGGCUGGGGCACCCGCUGGAAGUGGUGCGGUGCGUGGCGCGCCAGCUGGCAGAGUUUGCACGCGUGGCGAAAUCACGAGGGCCAUCUGCGUCUGCAGAGAAUCAAUCAGCCAAUCAAGACGCGCCAGGUGGCAGCGCAUCAGAGGGCCAGAGCCGAUCGGCAGUGGGCAGCACGACGCUGUGGAUCGCCGCGCACAACCGCCGCCUGCUCGCCUUCUUCCGCUCCGUCUCCGCCGCCAUCCACAUCCUCUCCGGCAUAUCAGCGGAUCUGCGCGUGGCAGCGGCGCCCAUCAUCGCCACGCCCAUGCCCUCGCCACACCCUGACCCCCCCCGCACCACACCGGGCAGGAGCAUCAACAGCAGCACUAGCAGCAGCGGGCGUGGGGCGGGCGCUGCAUGGGGGGCAGAGUUUGGGACGAAGCGGGCCGCGCACUGCAUAGAGGCGGGGGGCACGCUGCUGCUGGCGCUGCAGGUGAUGCGGUCGGUGGUGUACGCCAGUGUGACAGCACGCGCCUCCUUCAUCGCCUCGCAGGGCCUGCACCACGCCCUCGACCUCAUCGCCUGGCCCUCGCACCUCCUGCACUGCCACCUCGAGCGCAUAAUGGAGUUGGAGAACGAUCUGUUUGAGGAGUUCAGCAUUCAGCUGCUCGCAUUCUCCGUCAUCCAGGAAGCCAUAUUCCUCAACGCAGCAGCACUGGAGAUGGUACGGGACCUACACGGCUUCCCGCGUUUCUCCGCCUUCCUGCGCUGGGCCGCCUUCCUCUUCACCAAAUCAUCCUCCGAACUGCACCCCACGCUCAGCGGUGGGAAGAGUGGUGGCACAGGCGGGGGUGGGGGCGGAGCAGGGGCGGCAGGGGGGGGGGAGAGGUCGUGGGCGCGGGAGAAGCUGCUGGCGAGCAGCACGUUCAGGCGCGUGACAGCGGAGCGCAACAGCACGGACGAGGCGCUCAUGGCGUGGAACCCCCAUGCUGCCGUCGCCUGCACCGUGCUCUGCCGCUUCCUUGCUGAUGCCGUGCCCGCCGCUGCCCUGCGCAGGGGGCAUGGGCAUGGUCACGGGCAUGGGCAUGGGCACGGGCACGGGCAUGGGCACGGGCACGGGGGAGGGUACGGGCAGGACAUGGGGUGGGACGCGGAUCCGGAGGAGUAUCGCGAGCAGGCGGCGCAGUGUGUGGCGGGGGCGCUGCUGGGCGUGUUUCAGCAGCAGGUGGGCGACUGGUACGACGCAGCAGCAGCACGCAUGUUCCGGUCCCUCUCCCCCGCCCUGCAGCUCUUCACAGUGCAUCAGCUGCGUCGCAUCCUCGGGUCCCUCAUUGCUGGGGCAGAACACUUCCGCUCUGCGCGCCUGUGGAACGCGCUCUUCUCGCCCAUCUUCUUCUUCUUCGGCGCUCAGACCAGGCCGCGCCACCCGCUGCUCUCGCCACGCCUGCUGGGGCCCAAGGCAGCUGCGCUUGCUGCUGCGCCACCCACAGCCGGUGCUGCUGCAGGCGCGGCGAGGGGAAGUGCAGGGGGAGCGGUCGGAGAGGGCCAGCAGUGGCAGUCGUUUGCGCGGACGAGCUCGGCCGGGGAGGCAACAGCAGCAGUGGGGGCGGACAGCAGAGCAGGAGCAGCGGAAGGAGGGUUAGCCAGUGGUGGCAGUGGGGGCAGCAGCAGCAGGCACGGCGAGGCGUUGGUGGUCUUGCUAGACCCAGCUCUAGAGUAUGUCAACCUGCCGUCUUCCCCCGACGCGGAGAGGCUACGGGGGGACAUAGUGGCACUGGUGGAGCUGGCAGUAUCAGUGGACAUGGGCGAUGGCAGCGCCACCGAGUGCGCGCUGCUGCUCGCUGCUCUCGAGGCCUGCUGCACGCAGCCCAGUGCUGCUGCUCUGCUGGCCCACGCGCUGCAGCGCCUGCUGCAUGCCAGGGACACGGACGCUGUCAGGGAGCUGUCGGCCGUGCCCCGCCUCGCUGCCAUCAUCGACCGCCAGCACGCCGCCGCCGCUGCUGCUGCUCUCCCCUCCGCCACGCCUCCCCUCACCCCGUCGCAGCUCCUCCCCCCGCGCUCCGUCUCCCUCCCUGUGUCCGCACUCCGCCCCGUGCCGUCCGCUUACAGCGAGGAGGGCGAGGGAGCGGCAGCCGAGUGGCAGGGCGUCCGGGGGGCGGUAUUCGCGCUCUUAGAGGGCGCGCUGGGGGAAUCUGAUGCUGCACUGGUGGACGCUGCAUGCGACCCCUCUGUGUUUGUGCCGCUGCUGCGCCUGCUGUGGGACUCGCCCAACAGGGAGUUCGCCCUGCGAGUGCUCAUCCUGCUCAUGCACGCGCCCCUGCUCGACCCCUCCGCGGGACAGCCCCUGCUGGAGUGCUUCUUCGACCUCGUCUCCCAUGCCGCCUCCUUCACUGGCGGAAGCAGUGCAGUGGCGGUGACGGGCGAGGGUGGGGAGGAAGGGGGGAGUAGAGACGCGGUUGGGGUGAGGCAGCAAGUCUGCCAUGCGCCUUCAGCCCUGCAUGCGUCUAUUUGUGCUAGAGUGUCAACUAUCCCCUCUCAUUCUCCUCUAUUCCCCCUCCCUCCACUACCCGCCCUACACUGCCCACCUUGCCAGGCAUUGCAGCAGCGGUGUGUGGAGGCGGGGGCGCUACAGCACGUGCUGGCGGUGCUGGAUGCGCGCUACAGCCCCGCGCACGGGCUCGCCAUCACGCUCGCUGCCCUGCGCUGCCUCACCUGCCUGCUCGCCGCCAACCAGGCCGCCAAGGCAGCCAUGGUGCGAGUGGCAGGGGCGGGGUACACGGGGUUGCAGAGGAGGAUAGAGGCGCUCACAGGGGGCAGGGCGGGGCAGGAGGUGCUGGAUGCCGUGCUCUGCCUCGCCACUGACGGUGCCUACACUGCAUCCUCCCACAGCACACGAGCCACCAUCCAGGCACCAGAGAGGCAGGCGGUGGCAGGGUUGCAGCAGCUGCAGGCGAUGCUAGCGGACUCCACAGCGUCAUGUGCGGAGUGCACGCGCGCGUCGCUCAUGUGGCACCUGCUGCACUGGCUCUCCACCCUCGACUCCCUCCCCCUCGCCCCACCCCCAUCCACCGCCGCCGCUGGCCCUGCCACUGCCAUUGGCGCAUGGGGGGACGGCGGGGAGCAGCAGGAGGCGGGGGGGGCGGGGGCGGGGGAGGGCGGGGGCAGGGAGGGGGUGGUGGCGGCGGUGGCGCUGCUGGUGGAGACGAUGGGGCGGCACAGCAUGAGUGGCAAGGAGAUCACGGCCGUGUUCCACCUGCUGCGCCAGGCGGGGGCGGGCAGCCGAGCGCGCCAUGCGUCACUGCUGCUGCGCACGCUGCUGGGAGCCAUCAAGGACGAGGGGCCCUCUGGCUUCUUUGAACUCAACGGCGUUGACUCCGGAUUCAAGCUGCCCUCAGACCUGCGGUUCCCCGGGCCACGGGGCUACACGGUGGUGUGCUGGCUGCGCAUAGAGGCCUUCCCCACACCGCCCGCCUCCGCCUUCCCCGGCUCGCCCCCUCUCAACCCCUGGGCCUUCGACGCGGAGGGGCGCCUGGAGGACACGGAGGGGGGCGCGCGGGGGGGAGCGGAGGCGAGCAGGGAGGGCGCGAUGGCGCUCUUCAGCUUCCUCACGGACCUGGGCGUGGGGUGCAGCGCCUUCCUCACCCCUGAUGACGUCCUGCUGCAUGUAUGCGCCCACUGUCACGCCACAUGUCAUUGCCUGCUCUGUGGAUUCCUUUUUCUCCAUCCCCUCGCGCAUGGUGACGCCGUUCUCCCCAAUCAAACUUAUGCCUUCCGUUGCACUGCCUCCACUGCUAAUCCCCACCACCCCACCGCUCCCCGUUACUUCCCUGUGCACCACUUGUGGCACAUGACACCAGCCCCCCACGCGCGCACGCCCCUAGACGACGACGACGACCCAGCCUCCCUCUCCAUGGCGCCCCCCCUCUGCGGCCAGCUGGGCGCCCUACACGUGCUCGACGACCCGCUCUCCCCCGACCAGGUCGCCGCUCUGCACCGCUUGGGACCGCGCCACGCGCACUCCUUCCUCCCCUGCGAGCUCUCCCUCCUGCCCGGGUCCGCCGACCCCCCUGUGCGCGCACUCUUUGACGGCAAGGACUGCCUCGCUCCGCACCUCACCGUCAGCCUCACCGCUCACGCCACGGCGGGCGGGGUCGUGCUGGACGCGACUCCCUUCUGGGAGCAGCAGGGAGGGGGUGGUGCGCGGCGUGUGUGCGACGCGGUGAUGCUGCCCGGCGUGCAGGUGUGCCAGCGGCACCGCCUGCAGGACGUGCUGUCGUGCGUGGGGGGUGUGGCGGUGCUCUUCCCCCUGCUCAUGCAACUCGACAGUGACGAUGACACCGGUGCUGGGUCAGAGGGCGAGGGGGAGGAGGAGGGGCGGUGGGAGGCGGGGGGCACGCACGUGGCGGUGGAUGUGGUGUGCCUGCUGACGGAAGUGCUGGCAGGCAGUGCGGCGGCUCAGCAGUUCAUGGUGGGCGUGGGGGGCUUCUCCGUGCUCAGCUUCCUGCUGCAACACGUGCACCCCCGCCACCUCACCGUCAGCCUCGUCCUCUCCAUUGAAAGCCUCACUAACAGCAUUGCUGCUGAGCAGGGUAAGAGAAGGGCAGGUCAGUCAGGUAUCCUGCGCGUAAGAAAUUGGUCAAGGAAACUCCCUGGGUGUUUCAGGCUGGUCAAAGAGCACUCGUAUCCAAUCGUACGCAUGGCAGCAUAUGCUCACCCUUCGCCAUUCAGUCACUCCCACGCCCUGCCACUCCUCUCUACCACUUCCCCCCUUGCAAUCCCUUGCCAUCUCCUCUCCUUCCCCCUCCCAGACUCAGCGAUGGCGGAGCAGCUAACGCGGUCAGCAUGGAGUGAGCUGUACCUGCAGCUGUCCCUCUGGAUCUACGCGCCCUACGCCGUGCAGCGCGAGCUGCUCGAGUCCCUGCUGCGCCAGGUGGAGCGCAGCCCUGCACUGCUGCCCGCCGUGUGCCCGCUGCCGCGCCUGCUCGACCUGCUGCGCCGCUUCUACUGGCACGUGCCGCACGGCCGCUCCGUCGCCGGCCUCAAACCCCUCGUGCAUGCCUCCUCGCGUGUUGUGAUUGGCCGGCGCCCUGACAAUGCUGACGUGGCGAAGCUGAGGCUGCUGCUGCUGAGGCUGGCUGAGUACAGCGUGAGGGACGGCUUCUCACUGGCUGAUGUGAGGGCGCUAGCAGCGUUGGUGGAGGGCAGCAAGGACGCCCCCAGUGUGCGAGACGUGCUGCUGGCGCUGCUCUCACUGCUCUCCCGCCCGCCACUGCUCGCCUCCUUCACCUCGCACGUCUACUCCCUCACCGGCUGCCACCUCUUCCUCAACCUCCUCGCUAGGCCAGAGGAGGAUCUGCAGUCGUUGGGCCUGCGUCUCAUCACAGCACUGCAGGCGGAGCGCCGUCUGCGCCUCAUCCGCGCCUUCUCCUCCUCCCCCGCGCCCUCCCCCGCGCCCUCCGCCACCCCCGCGCCCAUCCCCGACGACCUAGUAGCUGCUGCGCUGCUGCACGCGCCCUCACCCUCACCCUCCGCGUCUGCUCUCUCAGGCGGUGCGCUGCCAUCCCCCGGGCCUGGGGGGGGCGGGGAGCGCGUGAGGGAGGACGUGGAGCAGGCGGAGGCGAUGGUGGGCGUGGCUCUGCAGCUCAUG